CAUGGUCGUAUUUUAUGCGGUUCUUAUCAGCGUUUCAAUAACUGCAUUCGCUGCUGCAACCUUCUACUUCACCAGGCGUCACUUCUUGAUGCUGAGUGCUAUUCCAUUGUUCAUCUAUGGAGUGGGAUUCUAUGCCGUCCCUGGACUGAUGCUGACAAUGUCUGUGGUGAGCGGUAGUCCAGGACCUGAACAUCUUGUCGCCUACAGCCAUCAAGGAGAAGCCUUCCUUGGAACAGUCGCACUGUUCUUUUUCUUGAGAAAAUCGGACGACGACAGUGUGACGGGGUGGCUUCUCAGCCAAGUAGCACAGACAUCUUUGGCUCAAGCGAUGGCGUUGGCUUGUUUCCAUUACAGCCAGAGUUAUAAGCUCGAACACGGUGAAAGGCCUAUUGUCCUUCUCAACACAGAAGUUAACAGGGUCCUCUACAUCGGGAUGGGGUUAUGGUUCCUCGUCACUGUCCUCCAAUUCCUGCGCAAGCCGGCGCUUCAGUCCAAGUCUUCCGGUCUUAGUGACAACCGCAUGACGAUCCAUCGGACGAUAGUGACUUAUUCCACCUUCCUUAUUUCGCUAUUCAUGAUCGCCAAUCCGGACAUGAUAAGAACAUCGAAACAUGAACUGUUGAUGGACGACGUGGAGAAAUUCGCCUACCAGUUAGCGGGGGCUUUCUUUCUGACCCAAGCCUGGGCAGCGGACAGUUCGAAGAACUUCACACAUCUCAAAGAUCAAGCCGGUGUCUUCAAGGCGCAUCUUGUGUUGAUUUUUCUUGGCUGUCUAUCUCAAUUUUCUCACGUCAUGACAGGCAAGAUUCAUGUACUCGAAUGCUCCCCAACUCUCGCAGCCAGUGUCUUUCUGGCGAUGAACAGUUUUCUGGCCUUGCAUCGUUUGGACAAUUUACAGAUAAAAUCGAAUGAAAAAUUGCCGGAUACAAAAAAGAAACCGUGAUGUAUACGUGUAUACGAAUAUGGCAGAAUCUGACCGUUUUGCAGAAGUCACUGCUGUCGCCUCAUGUCAUCGGUCAGCAAUUAAGUCCCUACCGAAAUAUGAAGGAAAAAGAUGCAUGCAGUCAUACAUGCAGUAAAA